AUGGAUCAUUCAAGUUCUGCCUCGGCCAGUGCCAGUAAUAGUGCCACUGCUGCUACUAGUGCUUCUGAUGCCAAUGAAUUAUUAGAUAAACCCUUAUGGAAAUAUGUUACCAGAAUAGAUGCUAUAGUGGAAGGAGGAGGAAAUUUAUCUUGGAUGUGCAACUUUUGUAAAAAAGAUUAUAAAAGUUCAUAUACUAGAGUGAGGGCUCAUUUGUUGAAACUAUCAGGUAAAGGAAUUGGGAAAUGCUUAAUGGUGCAAAAUAGAGAUCUGAUAGAGAUGGAGAAAUUAGAACAAGAAGCUGACCAGAGAAAGCAAUCUAAUGCACCCAGAAAAGUACCUUUACCUCCUUCUAGCUCUUCCACGUGCCCAAAAAAAAGAAAAACUACAGAUUCUCUUGAGAUGGCAUUUAAUGUUGGGGAGCGAGAAGAAUUAAAUUACCUGAUUGCUAGAAUGUUUUAUUCAGCAGGAUUGCCAUUCAAUUUGGCAAAGAACCCUUACUUCCAAGCUUCGUAUACUUAUGCAGCAAAUCAUAAUAUUGGAGGUUAUUUGCCACCGGGAUAUAACUCACUGCGAACCACUCUGUUGCAAAAGGAGAAAGAAAAUAUUGAUAAGUUGUGUGAACCUAUUCGAGAGUCUUGGACUCAUAAAGGGGUGACUAUUGUAAGUGAUGGGUGGAGUGAUUCACAAAGGAGGCCACUCAUUAAUUUCAUGGCAGUAUAUGAUGGUAGAGCAAUGUUGCUAAAGGAAGUUAUUCAAGAAGUAGGAGAGGCAAAUGUGGUUCAAGUAAUCACAGAUAAUGCUGCAAAUUGUAAGGGAGCAGGGCAACUUAUUGAGCAGGAAUUCUCAACUAUUACUUGGACACCGUGUGUUGUUCACACAUUGAGUUUGGCUGUGAAAAAUAUUUGUGCUGCAAAGAAUGUGGAGAGCAAUCAAAUAACGUAUGAGGAAUGCAGCUGGAUUUCUGAUAUUGUAGGUGAUGUUGCUGCAAUAAAGCAUUUCAUUAUGAAUCAUUCUAUGAGAUUGGCCAUCUUUAAUGAGUUUGUGAGUUUGAAGUUGCUUUCUAUUGCUGAUACUCGUUUUGCUUCAAUGAUUGUGAUGCUGAAGAGAUUCAAGUUAAUAAAGAGUGGUCUUCAAAAUAUGGUGAUAAGUGAAAAAUGGAGUAUUUAUAGAGAUGAUAAUCUUGGCAGGGCCAGACAUGUGAAGGAAAUCUUGGUGGCUACUUUAUGGAAUAAAAUCACUCCAAAACGUGCUGAAGACUUGGUUUAUGUGCAUAGCAAUCUUCGACUCUUAUCAAGAAAGACUCCUAGUUAUGCACAAGGAACAAAUCAAAUGUGGGAUAUUGCUGGAGAUACAUUCGAUUCACUUGAUGAUAUUAGAGAUCUUCAAUUUGCUAGCCUUUCACUUGAUGAGCCAGAGAUAAAGGCCAUGAUUAUUCAAGAUGGAGAUGAAAAUAAUUGA